AUGGUUGAAAAGUCUGGGUUCAUUGUUCAUAAUGGGUACAAUACUCCCUUUUGGGAAGCUAGGUGGUUAUUUCGUUUGGUUUUGAAAGAAGAUUUUCCGAAUCUUUUUGAAGCAUCUUGCUUGAAAGGUGUUUCGGUAGAGGUGAUGGGAGGUUGGGUGGAGAAUAAAUGGUUAUGGGGGGCGUGUGGUAUACCGGAAAGUAGGUUGCAUCAUCCUUUGAUUGCGGCCGAAUGGGGGGCUCUUUGUAAAUUAUUGGAGGAUUUUGGAGCGAUGGGUGUUCAUAAGGAUGAGGUGGAAUGGGAGUGUAAAGGGUUUAAUUCGUUUUCGGUUGCCUCUUUCUACGAGGCUUAUGCUUGUUAUCGUACGCCUUUGGGACCUUUUGGUAGAUUCUUUGUGGCAAAAUCUUUGGUUUGGAAGGCGGAAGUUCCCUUUAAGAUUAAGGCUUUCGGGUGGAGGCUCCUUGCAAAUAGACUCCCAACAAAAGAUCUCUUGGUGUUAAGAGGUAUUUCUAUUCCUUCCAAUAAUUUAAAUUGCUCUUUUUCUCGAAUGGUACCAGAAAACCGAUAUCAUUCUUUUUUUGCUUGCCCUUGUGUAAAGCGUAUAUGGAGGGAUAUAGCUUUUUGGAUAGGAAAAGUUGGAAUAGGGGAGGAAGAGAGCUUGUCAAAUUUUAUGGAUUGGCACUCUUUUUGUAAAUCUAAAAAAGUAGGUGUAAAGAAAUUAGAUGUCAUUUGGUUGGCUACGACUUGGUCGAUUUGGUUGAGUCGUAAUGGGGCUUGUUUUCGGUUGGAGGAUUGGAUUUUAGAUGAUUUGGUUUGGAGCAUCAAAUGCUUGGUUUGGAGGUGGUCCUUUUGCGGAGAAAUUACCCAAGCCAAUUAUUCCUAUUAUGACUUUGUCAAGAAACCUUUGCGGUUCAUGUCAUAA